AUGAAGUCUUUCGAAAACUUCGAUUUUCAUGAAGUUCAAGAUAAGUUGAGCUCUACAGAUAUAAAUUCUGAAAAUGGGGAAGGGCAUGGAGGGCAACUUUAUGCUACUGAAGACUGGGGAGAAUCAGCAGGCAUUGAUUCUAACGGUUUUGAGCAUGGAUUCUGUAAGGAUAACUCAUCAAAGGAAAAUCUAAUGUUCUUACCACGUGAGCAAGAAUCAUUCCGAGACUAUGGUCUUUUUGACUAUGGCAUUCUUGACUGUCUAAGGUAUGAUGUUCUGUCUCCACAAAUUCAAACAUCAUUAGAGGAAAUUGCAAAGCUUGGUGUUGAUCAACCAAGGAAAUCAAAGCAAGAUCAAUUUUCUGCAACCUCAUUUGAUCUCCUAACAAGUUAUGUGCUAAAACGAAUGAGCAGAGCAAGGAUCAUCAAGCCAACAAAUGAUGAUACACUGAGCUCAGAGGUGAUAAGCCAAGGAGUUUCAACUGAAGAAAUCAUGAGAAUUGCUGGAGAAAGGUUUAUCAAGUCCAUUACUAAAACUAGUGAUAUUUUCUCAAUGCUUGACAAUCCUUUUGAUCUUUCUUUCUCAGGCCACCCUGAAGAGGUGGCAAAAAAACUGGAGCUAGAUGAACUUCUUCUAGCUUCUGCUGAGAAAGUGAGCAAUCAACUAUAUGACCGUGCAAAAUUAUUGCUAAACCAAUGUGAUUUCUUGGCGUCCAGUACUAGAAAUCCAGUUGAAAGAGUAGUUCGUUGCACGCUUUGCUGUAAUUCAAGCCGUCGUGGAAAAUGUAAACGAGGCAAAGAAAAUUCAUGUAUUGAUCUUGGAAUCAGGAUGGGAGUUCAAUGGACAGGAUUGACGCAAGCUUUGGUGUCAGAAUCUGAUUGCCCUCUUCAGCUGUUAAAGAUAACAGCUGUUGGGACUAGUUUGAAACAGCUAAUUGAGGAUACUGGUAAGAGGUUAACAAAUUUUGCUCAGUCUAUUAACUUACCCUUUGCUUUUAACAUAGUUAUGGUGUCAGACAUGUUGGAUAUCAAAGACAACCUAUUUGAGUUGGAUUCUGAUGAAACACUAGUUGUUUACUGUGAAUAUUUACCUAGGAGGCUAAUUCCAUUGCCAGAUAGGUUGGAUUCCAUGAUGAAAGUGAUAAGAAUACUGAAUCCAAUUAUAAUGGUGGUUACUGAACCUGAAUACAAUUCUACUUCACCAUUUUUCGUGAACCGUUUUGUUGAAGCACUUUUCUACUUCAGUGCAUAUUUUGAUUGCCUUGAAUCUUGCAUGGGAGAUGAUCCUAACAGAAUGAUCAUAGAAUCCUUGCAUUUUGGUGAAGGAAUCAGAAACAUUGUAGCUACUGAAGGAGAGAAAAGGAAAAUCCAAAAUGCGAAGCUCGAUGUUUGGAGAAUAUUCUUUGACCGUUUUGGAAUGUUGGAGACUGAACUCAGUACAUCAUCUUUGUGCAAAGCAAAACUCAUUGCUAAGAAAUUUGCUUGUGGAAACGCUUGUACACUUGACAUGGAUGGGAAAAGCCCGCUUAUUGGAUGGAAGGGUACUCCUUUGCAUUCUCUAUCUGCUUGGAAAUUCAUUUAA